CCCUCCUCCCGCGCUCCCGGCGCUCCGUCUCCCGGAGCUGUCCAGCCUCAGUGCCGGAGCUGGUCGCCUCUCGCGCGCAGCGCCGCCAGCCCGCCUCCGCUCCUGGUCCCCCGCGCUGCGCUCCCGCCCUCCAGCCCCGCCCCGCCCUGCCCCGCCGCUGCCCGUCCACUGCUCCCCGCGGGCCGGAGUCGGCCGAGAGGCUGCCCGCCGGGGAUCUGAACGGCGCGGCGGGGCCGGGAGCCGAGGGACCCGCGGAGGGGACCGGCGGCCCCGGACGGCUGCUGGAGGGGCGGCCGUGCGUGGAUGCGGCGGGAGCCGGAAGCCUCGAGCAGCCGGCGCCGUCUCUGCCCCUGGGCGCCCUAUGGCUUGAAGAGCCUUGCCACCCAGUGGCUCCGCUGCCCCAAUGGAUCCACUGAACCUGUCCUGGUACGAUGAUGAUCUGGAGAGGCAGAACUGGAGCCGACCCUUCAAUGGGUCAGAAGGAAAGGCGGACAGGCCCCACUACAACUACUAUGCCAUGCUGCUCACCCUCCUCAUCUUUAUCAUCGUCUUUGGCAAUGUGCUGGUGUGCAUGGCUGUAUCCCGAGAGAAGGCUUUGCAGACCACCACCAACUACCUGAUAGUCAGCCUUGCUGUGGCCGAUCUUCUGGUAGCCACACUGGUCAUGCCCUGGGUCGUCUACCUGGAGGUGGUGGGCGAGUGGAAAUUCAGCAGGAUUCACUGUGACAUCUUUGUCACUCUGGAUGUCAUGAUGUGCACCGCCAGCAUCCUGAACCUGUGUGCCAUCAGCAUUGACAGGUACACAGCUGUGGCCAUGCCCAUGCUGUACAACACACGCUAUAGCUCCAAACGUCGAGUCACUGUCAUGAUCGCCAUUGUCUGGGUCCUGUCCUUCACCAUCUCCUGCCCACUGCUCUUUGGACUCAACAACACAGAUCAGAAUGAGUGUAUCAUCGCCAACCCUGCCUUUGUCGUCUACUCCUCCAUCGUCUCAUUCUACGUGCCGUUCAUCGUUACCCUGCUGGUCUACAUCAAAAUCUACAUCGUCCUCCGCAAGCGCCGCAAGCGGGUCAACACCAAGCGCAGCAGCCGAGCUUUCAGAGCCAACCUGAAGACCCCACUCAAGGGCAACUGUACUCACCCUGAGGACAUGAAACUCUGCACCGUUAUCAUGAAGUCUAAUGGGAGUUUCCCAGUGAACAGGCGGAGAAUGGAUGCUGCCCGCCGAGCUCAGGAGCUGGAGAUGGAGAUGCUGUCAAGCACCAGUCCACCAGAGAGGACCCGGUAUAGCCCCAUCCCACCCAGUCACCACCAGCUAACUCUCCCCGAUCCAUCCCACCAUGGCCUCCAUAGCAACCCUGACAGUCCUGCCAAACCAGAGAAGAAUGGGCAUGCCAAGAUUGUCAACCCCAAGAUCGCCAAGUUCUUUGAGAUCCAGACCAUGCCCAAUGGCAAAACCCGGACCUCCCUAAAGUCAAUGAGCCGUAGGAAGCUCUCCCAGCAGAAGGAGAAGAAAGCCACUCAGAUGCUUGCCAUUGUGCUGGGUGUAUUCAUCAUCUGCUGGCUGCCCUUCUUCAUCACGCACAUCCUGAAUAUUCACUGUGACUGCAACAUCCCGCCAGUCCUCUACAGCGCCUUCACAUGGCUGGGCUACGUCAACAGUGCCGUGAACCCCAUCAUCUACACCACCUUCAACAUCGAGUUCCGCAAGGCCUUCAUGAAGAUCCUGCACUGUUGAGUCAGAGUCUGCCCCUCGCCUGCACAGCAACUGCUUCCUGCCUCCCUGCCUAGGCAGGCCAGAUCUCAUCCCUGCAAGUUGUGGGCAGAAAGGCCCAGAUGGACUUGGCCUUCUCUUGACCCUGCCAGCCCUGCUGUGUUAGCUUGGCUCGGUGCCCCUCUCUGCCCACACACCCUCCUCCUGCAAUGGUAGAGCCAGGAAGACUGGUAUCUUACCAGCUCUGGGGUUGGACUCAUGGCUCAGGGCAGCUCACAGAGUGCCCCCUCUCACUUCCAGACCCUGUCUCCUUGGCACCAAAGAUGCAGCGGCCUUCUUUGACCUUUCCUGGGAGCACUGGAGUUGCUGAGGCCAGAAUCUGGCUCGGUGGCCAAGCACAUGCCGAUGGCUGGCUUGACCUGGCCCUUGCUUGCCCAGGUUGGAUCAGGUGGUGGGAGGGAAGGACAGUUCAGACUUCACAGGGACUACACAGGAAAGCAGGGACAUACCAAGGCCCCCAGGCAAUGUUAGUGUUGGGACACACACACAUAAACACCAGAUAGCUCCACGGACCCCAGAGAAAUUGAGGCUGAAAAAUCUGUUUUCCACCCUCACUCCAGUGUGAACCCCUACAUUUCAUAGCAGUGGGUACUGCUGAGUCCUAUCCUGUUAUAGUACCCCAUGUGGUUUCUGUACCCUUUGAAGGGAAUAACUCUAAUCCUCAUGGGCCCCUAGAGGGACUGUAAGGAGAAAAACAGCUGAUCUUCCUUUAUCCUCCAACCCAGCCUGCCACCCUCUGACAAGUCUUGGACACAUCCAUUCCUCACAGCAAAUGCUGGCCAUCCUGGGAAGUCAGGCCUCAGAUCAAUGUUGGGGCUCAAGUUGGAGGUGAUAACUUGGAGCUCUGUGGGGGAGUGGGUAGCCUCCUACCACUUCCUUGCUGAUCUCUUCUCUUUCCAAUUCCUCUUCCUUUCCAGUGCCUCUGCCUCAGAGGAGAUUGUAGGUAGGAAGCCACUGACACUGUUGGGCCUGGUGUGGUCCAGCCCUAAGUGGGAGGGGAGCUGCAGCUUGGAGGGCCCUGGACUCCAACUCUGUAACAUCACUAUACAUGCACCAAACCAAUAAAACUUUGACAAGAGUCA